GCAAGUGUUUCCUGUUGACAUGACAGAUUCUGGUAGUUCACACAAUGUUCAAAAGGCACAAGUCCCUUGCUUCAGAACGCAAGAGAGAAUUAAUUUCCUCAAGAGCUACACGGUCCAUACUGAAGAAUGACUUGAGAAAUUUUCACUCUUUGUCGCAACUUAUACUCUCAGCAGGCCCUCUAAGAUCAGCUGCAGCAGUUAAACAUGUAAAAACUACUCACUUCGAGAUUGAAAUUCUCGAUGCUCACACCAGAAAGCAGAUAUGUAUUGUGGAUAAGAUGACACAAAAAUCUACUAUUCAUGAUGUUAAACAAAAAUUUCACAAAGCAUGUCCAAAGUGGUACCCCUCUCGAAUUGGACUGCAGCUAGAACGUGGUGGGCCUUUUUUGAAGGACUACGUAACCAUUCAAAGUAUUGCAACUUCCUCCAUUGUCACACUCUAUUUUACAGACCUAGGUCGGCAAGUCAGUUGGACUACAGUAUUUUUGGCUGAAUACACAGGACCUCUGUUAAUAUAUUUCCUCUUUUAUUUGAGGAUCCCAUAUAUAUAUGACAUGAAAGAGAGCUCUAGAAGAUUACGUCACCCAGUGGUACACUUGGCCUGCUUCUGUCAUUGUUUACAUUAUAUCAGAUACCUUUUGGAAACCUUAUUUGUUCACAAGGUUUCUGCAGGACAUACACCUUUGAAAAAUUUGAUAAAGAGUUGUGCCUUUUAUUGGGGAUUCACUUCUUGGAUUGCCUACUACAUUAAUCACCCACAGUAUACACCACCAUCAUUUGGAAACAGGCAAGUCAUAGUAUCUGCUAUCAACUUUCUGAUUUGUGAAGCUGGAAACCAUUUCAUCAAUGUUGUGUUGGCUCAUCCCAAUCACACAGGAAAUAAUGCCUGUUUUCCAACUCCAAAUUAUAACCCCUUUACAUGGAUGUUUUUCCUGGUUUCCUGUCCUAACUACACCUAUGAGAUUGGAUCAUGGAUUAGUUUCACAGUCAUGACGCAAACACUGCCAGUUGGAAUUUUUACACUUCUAGUGAGUAUCCAGAUGUCUUUGUGGGCACAAAAGAAACAUAAGAUUUACCUGAAGAAAUUCAAUUCUUACAUGCGUAGGAAAUCGGCAAUGAUUCCAUUUAUAUUGUAAGAAAAAAAUAAGUGAUCUUAUCUCAUAUACAGAAAAGUAGUAUAUGGACUCACUAAAUCAAACUUGAUGAAUGAUGGUUGCCUAUUGUGUUUCAGAAAUUCACAAAUAACAGAAAUUUUUCUGAGUAAAAAUAUAAAAUGGUAGUACCUAGCUAAAUUUAGAGUAAUAAACUUCAGACAAAUGAAAAGUAGAAAUUAUAAUAUGACUAAUGAAAAAUAGCAUCCAAUAUGUUUGCAAGGGAUUGAUCUUUAUGAAAUCUUACUUCAUUAAAUAUUUCAUAAUACAAUUUGCUUAGGACAAUUUAAAAUACCUGAAUUCUAAGGUAAAUAUUUUUAAAAGUUGUAAAUCACUCAAAUUCUAUAUAUUAUUUUGACAGCAAUUAAACUUUUUUCUUAUUGUUCAAUAUGUUACUGAGAAGUAUCAAGUAUCUUAUGCUAAGAGAUCAAUUUCUUAUGAAAAUUCUACCUAUAUUAAAAGUUAAAUAGUUGUAAUU